GCCGACGAGGCUGAUGUGAUGAUUUGAGAUACAUCUAUAAGACUGCUCUCCGCACAACCACGCAACAAUGCCAACAUCCAGGGCCCCCAGAUCCAUGUAUAGAUCCUUUCCACAAUGUGGCCAGCCUGCCGAAGCACCGUGCUCGCGGCGUUGGCCGCCCAAGCGCUAGCCGUCACGCAAAUCACGGACGCUGACAUGCAAACCCUGCUGAACCAAGACGGCGUCGAGCUUGCGGACCGCUACGCGCCGCUCUGGUUCUUCGGUCAAGCCCUGCACGAGGUGCCAUGCUACCCGACCUGGGCCUUCGGGGGCUCGCCGGGCUCGCCCGACGUAUACGACGCGGCGCACCAGACCUCACCGGCGCCGCAAUGCGAAUACCCCGACGUGGGCUGCGAAUGCCGCAACCCGGGCGUCGACGCCGGGAAUCCCGGCCCAGCGUUCCCGAUCUACUACACCGUGCAGCGGUGCAAUGAGACCGAAGUGCGCGUGGUCUAUAAUCUCUUCUAUGAGAAGGACGGGGCCAAGGUGCUCGACCUCAUUGACACCGGUCAUGACUAUGACUGGGAAAGAGUCAUCAUCGUGCACUCGCGCGACGCGAACGAGCUGUGGGCGCCUUCUCGCGCACUGCUCUCCGCUCAUAGCGGCUACCAUAAUCUAGCCUGGAGUCAGAUCCACAGCACGCUGACGAGCGAGGAGAUCGCGGCUGGCGACGCGCGUGCACCGGAAGGGGUGCGUGGGAAUGACCAUCCGAAGGUGUAUGUCUCGUGGUCGAAGCACGCGCAUUUCGACACCAGGGAUACGGUCUGGGUCGACCCGAUCAGCCAGUCCACGGACAAUGCGUUUCGGAGUAAUGAUUGGUGGUAUUAUGUCGAGCAGCAGUACUAUGUAAGUUUUCCUUUCGUUUCGUCGAUUCUGCUAACAGACAGCCCAAAAAAGAUUCGAUCGGAUAAUUCCACCGAGGCAGGGAAAGCCUUGGGCAGCACGGAUUGGGGUUCGGCGACCAGCAAUCCUCCGUCUGUGCAGGCAAGCGUGUGCUCGGCUUCAUGAGGAACGGGGCGGUAUUCUUUGGGGGUAUAGAUCCGGAAAGGACAAUAGACUUCCUUUUGCCAUGUAAUGAAGACAAUGUUUUGUGUAUAGUGUCGACGCGGAGAGCCUGUAGAAUUGCAGCGAUAAAUAAUGCGCGGAUCUCGCAAAUGACGUCGACGGACCCGUCUCUCCUCCCCCACCUGAAAUUCGUUCCUCUGAGUCUAGCUCCAACCUUCAGCUCCAACAAAGUCAACACCACCAAAUCCCACCUCCUUUCCUACAUCUCCAUCUAUCGCAUCAA